GUCGGCUACAUUUAUAAAACGAAGGGUACACCGACCAACGUGUGGACCGCUCUGCGGGUUUCGUCUGCUCAUCUAACCACAGACAAUAUUUCCCUCGCGAGUUCGUAAAUUCGAAAUCCUCAGUGUAUUUUCUGAAAUCUGAAUCAAUCCAAUUAAAUGAUCUACGAUGGAAGGGUAGGGUUCUUCGAUGAUCUAAGCUUUAAUUCAACAUCUUUGUUGUCUCGCCCCGUGGAUUCAAGUGUUUAACAUCCUUGGUAGCAUCGCGAAUGAUGGGAAAGUCUUCUCGCGAAAAAUUAGCAGUUUUUGACUUCAAUGAGGAAGAUGAGCUUGUUGAACAGGCUUCUGUUCGAUAUAUUGGGAAAGUUAGAAACACUGAGGAUAGACCUUCUGCAAUCAUGAAGUAUGAAUUCAUUCGAAAUUUUGCUGGGGGAGGAAUAGAAACCAAUAAUGCAUCAUACGUAGAUCUAGAUGCAAGUGAUAGCAAGCACAAAUGCAAAAGUUCUGGUUUGUGUGAUCUGAGUCCAUCAGAAGGAGAAUCUGCCACUAAAGAAGGAUUUUUGGGUUUGGAUGCUGUUCUAAUAUCCAAGUCUACGAAUCAUGAACCAAAUGUUCAUACGAGCCCAGAUACAUUUGAACCUGGGAGUCUAUUUUCUGGACGAAAUCCCCUUGCAAUGAGAGCUUUAAGUCCGAGCAUACCUCCAACUGGGAACAAGCGAUUAAAUUGCACUUUUCUGGACCCUUCAUCUGAUAAUGAGUCUGUUGGAGUGAUUUCGGAUGAUAAUGAAAGCAUGAAAGGGAGUUUUCCGUCGACUUCUUCUGAUCUUAUGGAAAAUGAAGGGGAACCAGCAUCAGAUUAUUGUUACAGCCAUUGGGCAAUGGAGAAUGCAAACACGGCAAUUGCUGUUUCCCCUGAUUUUGUUAGAUAUGGGGAUGGAUAUUCUACAGAAUCUCUGUUAACUUUUUCCUGCAGUUUCAUCAAGCUUGAAGUUUUAACCACAUGUGGGAACAAGGAAUCUUUUAGCUUUGAGUGGACAAUUGAUGAUCUCAUUGGGAUUGAAUCGCAGUGGUGUGAAAUGGCCGAAACUGCUCUAGUUAAACUUUGUUUAAAAGAAGCGGAUGCAGUAGGAGCUGAAAAUGCAGGUGAGGUUCCAGGUGUUGUUGAAUUGACUUUCGUUGUUUCUGAUCCUCAGUGGUCUGAGAAACAGGAAAUGAUCGCACAAUUACAUGCAAGAUACAAGGCUAUAUGGAAUUUUGUUCUUGAUGCUGAAGUAGAUGACUUCAGGGGUCGAAAUAGCCUUUCUAAAGUGAACUAUUUCAGUUCUAGUGUGGCUUUUGAAGAUGUUAUCUAUCCAAAAGGGGAUCCCGAUGCUGUUUCUAUUGGUAAGAGAGAUGUCGAGCUACUACAACCGGAGACAUUUAUCAAUGAUACUAUUAUUGACUUCUAUAUUAAAUAUUUGAAGAAUAAGAUUAAAUCGGAGGACAAGCAUCGGUUUCACUUUUUUAAUAGUUUUUUCUUUCGCAAGCUGGCUGAUCUAGACAAAGAUCCAUCUAGUGCUUCCGAAGGCAGAGAAGCUUUUCUACGUGUUCGUAAGUGGACAAGGAAAGUGGAUCUAUUUGAAAAGGAUUACAUCUUUAUUCCUGUUAAUUUCAAUUUACACUGGAGCUUGAUUGUCCUCUGUCAUCCGGGUGAAGUGGUUAACUUUAAAGAUGAAGAUAUUGAAAAGUCCCCUAAAGUACCAUGCAUAUUGCACAUGGAUUCUAUUAAAGGAAGUCAUAAAGGCCUAAAGAAUCUUAUUCAAAGUUACCUAUGGGAAGAGUGGAAAGAAAAGAAAAGAGAGUCAUCAGAAGAUGUUUCAGCAAAAUUCUCUAAUUUGCGGUUUGUGCCCCUAGAGCUGCCACAGCAGGAAAAUUCAUUUGAUUGUGGCCUGUUCUUGCUGCACUAUGUGGAAUUGUUUUUGGAAGAAGCUCCAGUUGACUUCAGCCCUUUCAAGAUUACAAAAUUUUCCCACUUUCUUAGCAUGGAUUGGUUUCCACCUGCUGAGCCGUCAUGCAAGCGUAAACUUAUCAAGAAAUUAAUUUAUGAAAUCCUUGAAGAGUAUUCUCAAAAAGUUCCUCAGCCUGCUUCUGGUGACAAGCAAAGUUCCUCUGAGUUUCAACAAGAUAUUGAAAAUGAAAAUGGAGUGGAAAUUCUUUCAGAGGAGCUCAGUCCCAGAAAGAUAUGUCAGAAUGACUCUUCUUCCACUGUUGAACAAGGAAUAGAAAUCAAUCUUUUGCCUAGAUCUCCUAGGGAGCUUCUCCAAUGCAGCAGAGAUUCAGGAUUGAUUUAUAGGGAGUUUUUCACUCCAGGAGCCACUGCAGCAUCGUCUCCUGAUGGACACUACAGACCUUUUGAUACAAUGCCAUCUUUGCACAAAUUGAAGUCUGCUAUGUCACCUAUAGAGGAAGAUUCAGAAACUGGCGAGCAAUUUGUGUACUCUUCAUCAGCGGAUUGUCAACCACUGGCAGGAUUGACAGAGGAAGCUUGUAAAACUUCUUCUCAUUCCUCCAAAGAGUGUGAACCAUUUGUGAGUCUUUUGGACCCAAAAAUAUCCAUGCAACUGGAGGAACACAUGGAUGGGCACACAUCCCCUAACCCUUCAGAUUAUGGAUCACCUAGUUCAGCAGGAGGGGCUGAUGAGCAUGACCCAACGAAGGAUGUGGUGUCUCCAAAUCAUCAAUAUUCCCAGAAGCUGAGCCGAGCAUCACCACAAAAAGUUGGGUGUAUCACAGAAUGCCUCGCUUCACCUCCCAGUGGGAAUUUAGAAAGACAAGUUGUUGAAGAUUCUCAAGAGGUGGACGGUGAGAAUUUAGAAAGCCAUAUUGUUGAAGAUUCACCAGAGGUGGAUAGACUGGCUAAUAGCAAUGAGCCUGAUGAUCCUCUUUGCUCCGUUCCAGAAAAUGCUACGUCCUCAUCCCAUCAUGAGGCUGACAUCACAGAAGACAUGGAUGUUGAAAUCAAUGAUGUGCUACUUAGCGGGGAUUCUAUAUCAGAAUCAUUCAACGAGCCAGUUACAAAACGCCCAAGGCUUACAUCUUAACAAGAAGCUCACUAGGGGGACUGCAUUUGACUAGAGAUCAUGUUCCCUGGCUAACCAUUGGGGAUUUUCCAUCCUACUCGGUAUUAAUCCAUUAGAUUGUGAAUAUCUGCUGCAUCUCUACAUUUACUGUGUUGGGGAUUUGGUGAGUUGAUCAGGGGAACAGAUAGAUGUGAAAAAUAGGUGGAUGGAUUCAUCAGGUCCUUUUCUGGUAUAAUUUCUUGUAAAAGCAUCACAUUUGGUGCUCCUGGACGUUUGUGUAAAUAUACCAGGUUUUCUCCG